ACUCAGGUGUUGCGGGCCGUGCGCAUUACACCUGCUUUUGCCAGGCUGCACCAACAAACCUUGGAUUACCUGCGCAGGUACUCUCAACUAAAUUUUGUCUUAAGCCUGUCCCAACUUGUUCGAGGAAAAAUAACAAGCCAUGAACUUUUCGACUUACUAUAUCAUUAACGAAGACAGUUAGUCUGUUUGUCCCUGCAACACCUGCGACGAAGUGAAAGUAAACGGCUAUCUGCUUUCCAAAAAUGGCUCGUCGUUAUUUCCUGAUCUAUUUCAUAUUUCCAUCGUGUCUGGUUGCUGGACAGUCUCCAAAAUAUGCACUCAAGGGGCAGGAGUUCUUCUUAAAGCCAGACGUCGCUGGACACCCUGAUGGAAUUCUGUGGAAACAUAAUGGCAACAAAGUGGUGGAGUUUAAUGGCAAUGAGCAACAUGUGUACAACCCAUAUGAAAACAGGAUCACUCUUGAUUGGAUCUCUGCAGAACUCAGUAUCACUGAACUCAGAUUUGAAGACAGCGGAGACUAUGAAUUGGAAAUAGAAGUAAACAAAGAAGUGUAUCGUUCAAUUUAUAAAUUGGAGGUCAUAGACAAGGUUGCCAAGCCCACCAUAUCCUGCAAGAUGAGCAGUGGCAGCAGCUCUAACAGUUCUGGACAGUUGGUGUGCUCGGCAGAGCCCAGACAACCUCAGUCUUUAAUGAAGUUUGAGUGGAGAACACAUGGAGGAGUGCAGCCUGGCCCAGAGCUUACAAUAUCUCUGGGGGAGGAACACGAUGAUGAUGUACAUAGUUGCAGUGUGAGCAACCCUCUAAGUAAUGAAACAGCUACAUUCACUACAAAGGAUUGCUACCCAGACCAAAGUUCAUCUGUAGCAGUGAUUGCCAGCAUCAUCAUCAUCUUUGUAAUUGUGCUAAUCAUCAUGGUUUUGGGCAUAGUGUUCUGCAAAGUACGCCAUAAAGCGUGUUUUGCAAAAGCUGAUUUGGAAAAACAGUCCCCACCUUGUAAAACAGACGGUUCAGAUAAGAAGAAAGCUCAGGGUGAUGAAAAAAAGUCUCUUCUUGAUAGAACACCCACAAUUCCCUCUCAGCAGCCACUUCGCAAUUUGGCCCAAGCAGGGAUCGUCCAAGAGAGAAGAAAGAUGUUUGAGCAAAACAAUGAUGGACAGACAGGUUUAAAGAAGAACAAAGACCAACAUAAGAAAACUGGGUCUCCUCCUUUCCCUCCACGUAGUGAGUUCCCUUCUCCUCUGCAUCCGAAUAAUCUUGUUUGCAGCGACAAAGAUGAUGCAAAGUCAGACCAGCUCAGAGACCGUGCAGAGGAUAAAGUCCCACCACGCAACUCCUCAGACUCUGAGACGGAAAAUGAACCAGACCCAGCUGGUGUGUCGUACGACUUCGGUGUAGAAUUCUCCAUUGCUCUUGAACAGCCAGAGCCAGAGAAAGAGGCAGAUGAGGAUGAGGAAGAACAGUCUGCUCCUGCCAGUGCUGAAACUACUUCUGCCGCUCAGCCACAUUCCCCUUCGACUGAAAGCUGUCUAAAUAUGGCACCGAAGGACGCUGCUGGUGAACACAAAGAAGACGGCAACUCAGAUCAGGUCACUGGAGAAAUUGCAGAUGAAAAUGGGGGAGAAUCUGACUCAUCAGACGAAGAGGAAAGAAAUGAAUCAGACGACUGUAUCGAGGACAAACAGCUGUCCACCGUUCCUGAACAAAAAGGUUCAGAAACAUUAUUACAUGAGCAUGAUUCAGACUUAUCACAGGAUGAAACACAGACAAGAGAAAGCAACCAGCAAGAAAAAACCAAACCAGUUUCUGAAGAUGAAAGGAAUAGUUUAGGUGACCGUGAAGAUACAGAUAAAAACCUGGAUCUGUAUUUAGCCACCUCCCAGCCACCUCAGAGCCCCACACCAACAAAAGCAGACAACAUAACCGAUACCUUUCAAAAGUCAACAGACACUGCACAUGCAGACCCAGAUCGAGAAGAACAGGACAAGAUCAGCCAUGACUCAGAUGAGGGUCAGUCAGAUAAAGGCAAGGAUGAAACUGUUGAAGAUAAAAACGAAGUCAAGUGUGACCUAAAAGAAGAAAAGCAGGGCAAUGAGAGCCGUAGUCAGGAUGAAGGAGGACAAAAGAAAGAUGAAGCUGUUGGCCUUUAAAAAGGAAGCAGAUAGUGAAAGUGAAGCUGUAAAUACAACAAGCACAAAGCAAAGGGAAUAAGAUCAACAAAGACAAAGGUAAAGUUAAAUGAUUGGAGGAAUUUUAAGACUAUCCAAAUGCAGACACAUAGUUGCUGUGGGAUUGUAGUAAAAGUGGAAAGAUGGACAUACAGUAGGAAAUUAGCAGACAAUGACAGUUUUGAAGUUAAAAGCAGAUGAGUGGUUAAUCUCGCUCUGUUGCCUGUUUCUAUUCUUUUUUUAAAUAAAAGGCCUCAUAAAACCAGUAAUACCAGUACCUUUCUCUUAAGAUUUCCCUGACCCUCUUAAUAUUAUUCAUGUAAUGUGUUGGAUCAACAUCUGCAUUGUACAUUUCAAUUUGUUUUUAAUUGUUAGUCUUUUUAAGUGAUACAAAAAACGUGUCAACUAAUGAAAAUACAUGUAUAUAUUUUUUUUAUGUUAUGAAUCAAGCCAUUAUAAAUAAGAAGUUAUAUGUUUAACUCUUAUCAAUUUAACAGCACUAAUCCUAUAGAUGUCAUACUGUGAUCUUACUCGUAAGAAAGACUUUCUGGUGAAAUAGAAAUAUUGUAUGCUUAGUUGGACAUCCAGUGCCUGUGAAGAGGUUAAAACAACCGAUCUUUGCCCUUUUAGGAAUCGAAACGCCUUAUUGCAUGUGUUGUAGGAGAGUAAAAUCCUUACAAACAUUAAAUGAUCCAUCUGGAUUCAUAACUAAAAAAUGUAUGUGUUUCUGUAAGCAUAGGACAAAAUUAAAGUAACCCACUUUUAAAAAUC